AUGUAUGUAGACCCAAGACUUACAAACUAUAUAGCAAUGUGGGCUUCUCCAAAAUAUUGCAUAGCAGUUGGAAAAAUUCUGGACUCCAUAGACAAGAAAGUUCAUGAGAAAUUAGAUGAAGAAGAACUUGAAGAUACAGUAGAGAAUGCAAAACCUUUGUUCGAAGAAGAAGUUAGAAAAAUGCAUGAAAAACAAAUAGAACAUGAACAUGAGAUAUGUUCUGGUUAUAGAGACUCUCCAUACGAACUAGACCAAUGGGAACAAGAAGAUUUAAAGAGAGAAUUUAGAGAAUAUGAACUCGCUAAAGUUUCAUUAGAAGCUACAGAAGAGAGGUUAAAAGGUUGGGGUCCUUUUGUACAAAAAUAUUUUGAGUAA